UUAACCACGAGGCAAUUUGCAUGUACAUUCAAUUAGGCCAAACUAGCCAGGAAACCCUACAACCCUCAGUAAACUGCCAGCAUAUGUCAUGUGUUGUAUGAGAGCUCUGUAGCCUGUUAAAUGAUCAACAUAGAGCUUUUGUGUUUUCUGAGGGGCGGGGACAUAUAAAACACGCUGUUUUUGCCCGUGUCAAUCAGUGAAAAAGUCCUCCUAUCCCGAUCGCGACCAUCACUGACUCUCGUGUUGUUACAUUGUAGCGGAAAGAAUGUCGGAAAGGGCCGAGGAUGACGUCAGGGGGGAGCAGCGCCGAGCGGCCAGGCAGCAGCUGAAGCAGCAGCAGAUCCAGCGGGGAGAAGGCUCCACAGCAAUGGCGACUGUUGCGGAGCGGAGAUCCUUGCCUAGUCCAGAAAUAAUGCUGGGACAGCCUUGGAGCAACUGGGUCGACGCCGUCAAACUCCACGGCUACGACGGUGCUGAAUCGGAGGAAAGUUUCAAAGACUUCGGGAAAAAUCGAGAAGCCAUGCGUUUGUGCAGAGAAGACAUGCACAUAUUUGGCCAGUGUCCUGCACAGGACGACUUCUACCUGGUGAUGUGCAGCCACUGCAGCCAGGUAGUGAAGCCCCAAGCCUUCCAAGCACACUACGUGUAG